AUGGAAAUACCAAACUAUGAUAGUGGUGACAACCCAGAUAAAAAAUAUAAACAGUUAUUUCCUUACAUGCCAUCAGACACAUUUCGGAUGUUAAUCUGUGGAAACAGUGGAACUGGUAACACUAAUCUGUUGUACCACAUGUUAAUUAAACCACUGUUGUACUUCGAUGAGAUUUAUCUUUAUGCGCGUAAUUUAGAGCAGCAUAAAUAUAAGCGAUUAAUGCAAAAAAUGAGAGAACUGAGUUCUAAAGUUGGAUAUGAAAUACUUCAUGUGAGUAAUGAUGAAAUAACCCCAGUGUCAGAAAUGGAUUACGAAGACAACCAAAAACUUGUGAUAUUUGAUGAUUAUGUUUGUGAUAAAAACCAGAGACAGUUAAUAGAUUAUUUCAUCCAAGGACGACAUAAGAAUUGCUCUGUAAUCUACCUCAGUCAAUCAUUUUACAAAAUUCCAAAGGAUAUUCGACUGAAUUGUUCUCACUACUGCCUGUAUGAAUUUCCAUUAUCAAGGGAGAGCAACAGAAUAUCAUCUGAGUUGGGGGUUAACAAAGAAGAUUAUAAAUCCGCAACAAGAAAACCGUAUGCAUUUCUAUACGUUGAUAAACCAAAAAAACGUAUUGCAAAAAACUUUACUGGUAAUCUAGCCUAAUAAAUAAAAUGGGUAUAUUUAACGAGCAAUCUUUUGAUCAUCCCUUUGCUAGAGGAAUUCAGGGUGCUCCAGGAGUUGGAUUUAGUCUAACCGCAGAUGGUAAUUAUGAUAUGAAUAAAAAAAGACUCACAAAUGUUGGGGCACCUAGUGAUAAUACUGAUGCUGCUACAAAGAAGAAUGUUGAUGAUAAUUCUAGUGGUUCACCCACAACAUCACGAUUGACAGUUGAUUCAGACAUUGAUAUGAAGGCUAGAUACCGUCUACUAAACCUUAAGUCACCAUCUGAUGUAGAUGAAGCAGCAACAAAAUCAUAUAUACACUGA